CAUCCUAAGAGUUUCACUCUUUUAGCUUAUGAUUUUGAUUUCUGCUAAAAUGUCCUGAGAAGGAUAUGUCAUUCGUCUCUUCCGCUGAUCUUACUUCAUGUAAAUAAGGUGGUUUUUUUUUUUGUAAAAGUCCCUUUGUUUAGAGUAGUUUUUAAUGAAGAGUGUAAUGAUUGUGCUUCGGAGUUGGAGGAGAAGGUAGGUGGGGAAUGGAGAAGUGUGAGGACCCAGAGGGCAAUGACUGAGUAGGAGGAAAUACUUCAGAGGACCAAUGGGAAAAAAACGGAGGUUAUUUCCAAAAGCAUCCUUGCUGCAGGCCCCUCCAACAAACUUCCAUAACCAGAAUAACUCAGUGCUACUGCCAUGUCUACCUCAUCGGAUAGCACCACCAUGGGAACCGGACCACCUUCCCAGAACUGAGAGUAUGAUCAGCCUCAAAGACCAGCCCGGCUCCAUCUAAUUAGCACUUCGUUCCUCUCACAGUACUAUACCUAUGCCUGCAUCCUUACUUUGGCAUAGGUGUCAAGCCACAAAUACUGGGCAGUUGCCUUAUCUAAAACACCAAGGAAUGAUGAGCUCAUUUCUACCUAAGAAAUACCAUGCCAAUGCCUUUGGGUUAACCUUACCUUCCCUUGACUUUAGGACAAAAGUAACUGUUGAACACCUAACAACCUCUAAGCAGUUUGUUAUGCCUCCUCUUGUGCCCGUCCACCAAUUAAAGACUUCAGUAAAACUCAAGAACCAUCAGGGGGCUACUUCAGGCACUGACCCACUCCCAAAGAUCUCACCAGGUCAUGACUAUCAGAGUAAGCAGAGGUUACCGUGCCUCAAACAUCAGCCCCAACCUCUGGCAUCCUCCAACCAUCGGGUUACAGCAGCUCCACCAUCCACAAAACGGAAGAGAUCCAAGACUAUGAAUGAACCCUCAGUGCCUCCUCACUCCCAGACCAGUUCCUCAUCAGUGCCAACAAGCAAGAGUCACAUAGCAGAAGUUCAUCGGAGUUGUAGACGCCAGCUCAAGAUUGCAACGGACCUGUUAGGAGGAUUUGACCUCUGGCCCAAGGAUGUUGUCAUAAAGCCACCUAGUCCUGAAGACCAUUCCAACACCACAGAUUCAGAAAAAACAUCAGACCAACCCUACCCUGAAAUACCCCCAAAACCUGUCCCAUUUUUAAAAUUCCUGAGUUCAAAGAAAGAACGACCUAUUCUCAGAACCUCGGAAACAAUUAUACUUUCUCUAAUCUUUAACAAUAAGUCCAGAGACAAGCCUGCACCUUCAUCAUUUGCCAAAUUUAUCAGUAGAGGCACAAACACAAAUGUACCAUGGCCUCAAAAUAAGAAUACAUCACCAGGUCCCAACCACCAGACCAGGCUAAAUGCUAGACCAUCACCAGAUUGGCCCUGGGCCAGAACAACAUCUGUUCCUUUUCUCCCUCCGAAAAUCUGGGAGACCUCCAUGCCCCAGACCACAGUUACAUGGCCUGACCACAUAGCUGAGGCUUCCCCAGGCCCUGAUUACAAGGUGAAAGACACAUUUGGGCCAUCACUACAUCCUGUCCGCCCAGUUAUAAUACCUUUACCAGGACGUAAUCAGAGUGGUGAGAUUCCACCAGGUAUAAAUGAUCAGGCCACAGAUCCUUGGGGACUGUAUUAUUGGUUUGAGGUUUCCAGGGGCCAAGGACAUCAAGAUUCAAGCUCAAUGAACCAGAGCAGUAAGCCUGAGGCAUCUGCCUCUAAAACACCAGUUGUAACAGUACCUCCCCUUAACAGAGUCCACACCUAGUCCUAGGUUGUUUGAUAAGCCCUCAUUAAUAGCUAGUGAUCAUAGGUCCAGGGAUCCAUUUGGUCUUGACCAGCAUAUUAAGGAUCCAAUAUAUCCUUAUAACUGGCUCCCCCUAUCAAUCUUCUCUGAACAACCAGCUGAGUCUAUUAUUGGUCUAGACUUCCAGGCAUUGUUGGAACUGGACAAUCAAUGAACACAUAAACUAAAACCUGAUUCUCAGGUCCUAUCUCAACCCAAGCCAAAUGACCAGGCCAUUUCUCCACCCGUCCUGAACAACCAGUCUGAGCCUGCCCCAGAUGACAAGGCCCGGGUCACACUUCCUUCUGACUCCGACCUUUGGGGUAAGAUGUCAUUGAGGCCAGAUGACCAGGUCUCACAUCUGCCUACCACUAACAAACUGGCUGAGGUUGAAUCAAAGUCCACCACCACCCAGGAUUUACCACCCAUAGAUUUGGAAGAGCCAAUUAUACAGACUUCACUUCUAUUCAACCCCAAAGAGAGUAUUACUCCUUCAUCUGCUCCCAGUAACCAAAAGGAUACUCCAACAGGCAAUGGCUUCCACCAGGCAAAGGAGGCAUUGACCUUUGACUAUGAAGAUGAGGCUCAGUCUGGGCUCCAAUAUCAGAACUCGGCUGUACAGAACAAAGAAAUCCCAUGGCAUCUGAAGUACAUCAAACCACACACCAUUGAGGGAGGCACAUUGUCUGCUGAAACUGUAAAUGCCAUCAUUGGUUCUAUCCCUGAGAAGAAAAUAAAAAGUGAUAUGUGUAAGCAGAUUCUCUUGCGGCGUAUGAAGGAAAGUCCCCCUAAGAGACCUGGUCAACGUAUGUCAUUAAGAUAUACAGUCUGCUUAGAAUGUGCCUCCUGGAUCCCAAAUGGCUGUCCUCACGUUGAGGUAAUGAACCAUCUUUAUGAAACAGAGUUGUUGGCCAUACCUAUGCCUCUGCCAGGUUCUGAAGAGAUGGGUGUGAAAUCUGUCCUACGAGUGCCCCAGAAAAAACCCUUCUUCUUUUUCAGUAUGUUAUUCCCUGAGUAUGAGAUGUGUUGGCCAUCACAUAGUUCAUCAGACUUACCAUCAUCCUCAGACACUGAGCCCUAUGGAUGCCCCAAAGUCACCCGGAUUCACCCUUCAUCCUCAUGCUUAGAGACUGAGCCCUGUGGAUGCUCCAAAGUUACCUUAUUUGACUUGAUUCUUGGCCAAGAUUGGCAGCCAUCAGAGAAAAAAUCACCUAGACUUCAACUGGCAGACAUAGAUGAGAUGCUCAUAGAAAGUGAAGA